AUGGCUCGUACCUCGGCUUCCACUGAGCGUCAUCUCCCGGUAUCAUGGGAGCUGAAAUCUCAACUUGACAACAACAAACAACAAACAACCGCCAAUCGCCCAACCGCCGCCUCGACAUGGUGCUCGGCGACUACGAGGGAGCACAAUAGGCGGGACGCGAAACAUACAAACAAUCAAGCGCUCGGCGUCUGCGAAGAAGAGCCCGGAGUCACAGCUACGGCGACACGCGAUAGAACGUGCAAAGGACGCACUGAUUCAGGACAUCCAGAGACGACGAGACACGAGCAAGGCAAACAGGCGCAGCAAGCAGAUGCAAUGCCGGCAAAUGCAACAAAACCGGCGCCCAAUCGGCCGCAGCGGCGCGUAACGGCCGGCCAGAUCCUGUCGAUGCCGCCGAAAUGGCUGGGCAUGUACGACGACUUCAUCACCAAGAACGCCGGCCAGGUGUCGCAGAUUGAGAGCGCGCUGAGGAGCUUGACGUACAUCAUUCCAGGCCGCUUUCGCGAUGCUGAAAUCGCCUCCGAGUCGAUUCACUCGGGCGUCCAGCUGCUGUCGCUCUACCACGACGGCAUCCUCUCGCAGGCAGUGUCCAAGCUGCCGACGCCGCCGGUCCGGUCGGCUCAUGCGCGCUACACGCGGUACUGGACGCAGAAGAGCAAGACGUACCGCAGGAUAGCCAUGGUGCUGCAGAUGGUCGUCUACACGGAGCUGCUGUGCGAAAUGAGCGCCAAGCGGCGCGGCGGCGAAAAGUCCCGGUGGAACGUCAUCGUGCUGCUCGAGGCCAUCAAGGCCUUUUGCCGCCUCAUCCUGCUGCGCGUGACGCGGUCGCGCCCGCUCGUCACGCCGGUGCUGCCGGAGCGAGAGCCCAUCCCCGAGGACGACGACGUCGACGAGGAUCUGGUGACGGCCAGGAGCGAGAGCGAGCUGAUGGACGAGACUUCGCCCGACGGAUCCGCCGUCCUCGUCGGCGGCGGCAGCAGCAGCAGCACGCCGCCGAAGUCCGCGUACGAGAAGGAAUGGACGAUGCCGCGGACGGGCAUGAGCUUGCCGUCGUUGCCCAACCCUGGCGAUGUUGGUUCGUACCUGCUGGGGCGCGUCUUGACGGCCGACGACAUCAAACCUGCCAACAAGCUCCUCAACACUCUGCAAGGAGGCGGCCAGUUUGCCGAGAUGCUCCACAUCCUGACGCCCUUGAUCUACGCGGUGGCGCUGGCCAGGACAAAGAACAAGAAGUCGUGGACGCCGUGGCUGGUGGGCGUGGCGGUCGAAUACGUCGCUCGCCAGCUCCGCCAGCGCAGCCUGCGAACCUCGGCGCUGGAGCGAGACGAAUGGAACAAGAGAGGCUGGGCCAUGAUCUGGUGGAUGAUGCGCGGUGCUUUCUACGAGAACGUGACCAAGGGGGCCGUCAACGGGGUGACGAGCAGAAUGCCGGGCUUCAUCGGCGGAAUCCUACAGGACUACGAAUAUCUGUGGGAGAAUUACUACUUCAGCACGAGUGGCUGA